AUGGGUCUGACGGACACGCCUCCCCCUCACGUCCCCUCGUGGGUCGUGCCAGCCUCCGGAGCCCUUCUCAUCACAGGCGCCAUCUUCUGGGACAUGUGCUAUGUACUCAUGUCAAUCCGUUCCCACAGAACAAAAUCAUACGGCAUGCCCCUCUUCGCCCUUGCGCUGAACCUCUCCUGGGAACUCAUCUACGCAGCUCGCGUCGCUGAACACCCUCUCGAACGUCUCGGCUUCCUUGUCUGGCUACUUCUUGACGUACCGCUCGUCUACACGACCCUCAAGAACGCGAAACACGAGUGGCGCCACGCGCCGCUCGUCGCGAAGAAUAUCGGCGCUAUCCUUGCGACAAUGGUAGCCCUUGGUUGCGCGGCGAACUACGCUGUCGCGGAAUGGUGGCUGUCGGCGCCCGGUACCGGGCACGGAGACAAGAGUGGCAAGUGGUGGGCCGGACGGGAGGGAUUCGAUUGUACGGAGCUCGCGUUCUGGACGGCUGGUCUGGCGCAGUUCGCCCUUGGGACGGGGUGUCUUGCCAUGUUGCUCGUCAGGGGUCACUCUGGGGGCGCGAGUUAUGCGAUCUGUCAGGAUAAGCACCCGCUGUAUUCGGUGAGAGGGGGUUUCGGGUCAUAUGAGCACACAUCUUAUGCUGAUCACUUGUUCGAAAGGCUCUGUAGGGCACUUGGCACCCUCACCGGUUGGAUUGGCUCAACCGGUCUGCUCUGGUGGCACUGGCCAGAGGCCCAUGGUUUCUUCGUCAAUCUCAUGGGCAUCUUUCUCAUGACGACGUGUUUGGCUUGCGACACCGCGUAUCCGUUCAUUCUCGCAGGAGUGCGGAGAAGUGAGCAAGUCCUCCCGGACGGCAGGCUCGUUUCUGGAAUAUCGGUCAAGAAGUCAGCCGCGCCAAUAACAAAGAAAAGGUUAUGA